AUGCAAUCUGAACUUAUUGCGCUUGCUGAUAAUGGAAAGAUUUAUGGUUGGAGAGAUUUAUGGUUGGAGAGAUACAAGCAAUUGUCUUAUACUGGUUUAGGCCGAGUUCUUCAAUAUGGAAUGGGUAUAAGAUAUUUUGCAUCAUCUGGUGAAAUUAAGAGUGCUAGUAUAUGUUCAGAACAAAUUGGCAUUGACAAGAAGAACAACAGCUUGAAUAAAAACGCCAAUCGUAUUCUACUGAUGGUUGCUUUAGUUUCUGCAAGUCCUGAAUGUACGCUUCCUGAUCAUGGAUCGCUUCUGCAGCCUAUUCUUUUCUGUCAAUUGGACGUCGUUAUUGCUAUUCUUAAAAAGCUUCUAAAUGCCCCAAUUGAAAGUCAACCUGCUAUCGUUUGUGAACAAAUUGAAGGAAAUCGAAAUAUUUUUCAUGUUGCCGUUCAAAAUGCUUACAGCAAAACAAAUGCUGACCAAGCUGAUCUUGAUGCGACUGAUUCGCGUUUAUCAACGGCCUCUCAAAAAUCCGACACUGUUGAGGCGGACGCUGUUAAGACACGUGAUUUUACAAAUUUUCUAGAUGUUGUCGAUAUAUUAAUGCCAAGUGUUGGAUCUGACGAUACAAAUGAAGAUUCCUCACUUUUUAUUCUUUGUGCUAAUGAUACAUGCAGUUACACCUGGACAGGCGAAGAACAUACGCCUCAAAAAAUUUAUGAAUGCAAAACAUGUGGACUUGUAGGGACUUUUGUUGUUGUACUGAAUGCGCCCUGCUUUGUCAUAGAAAUCAUGACUGCAAACUUAAAAAAACAUCUCCAACCGCUUAUUGUGACUGCUGGGAGAAAUGCGAAUGUAAAGCUUUGGUCACUGGAAAUAAUGCAAAGAGGGAACAAUUGCUUUCUGGAAUGUUACAAUGACCUGCAUUGAUUAAUGGCCUUAAUUCUAAAGGCGACACAUUUUACUGUUUUUGGCUCGUACUGUUGGUCGUCAGUUGAUAGAACAAGAAGGCUAUACGAAACGUAGUAAGCGCCCUGGACCUACUAUUACAACUACAGCAUAUGGCGUUCCUAUACCUGAACAUGAUCUUGAACCACCAAAAUUUGCAAGAAAAGCACUCGAUUUGGCAAUAGGAAAUUGUGAUGUUGUAAAAAGUUUGCUUGAUGUUG